AUGCCCCUUUCUGCUGCCACACCACCCUGUCCUCCCUCCUCCCUAGAUGGGGACCCGCUGCCCACCACCAUGAGGACGAGCUACUGCAGCCACCUGCCAGGAGUCCUGCCGGAGAGCCCACACCCGCCAGCACCCAGCGGCAAGACCCUGCUCAGCGGUGGCAGCCGUGGUGGCCCAGCCAGCAGCUGCCUGCAGUAUGUCAUGCAGGUGUCAGCCAAAGAUGGGCAGCUGCUCUCCUCCGUCAUGCGGACGCUCAACACGCAGAGUAGCCCCUUCAACGACCAGCCGAUGUGCAGGAUCUGCCACGAGGGCAGCAGUCAGGAGGACCUGCUUUCCCCCUGUGAAUGUACAGGGACCCUGGGGACUAUUCACCGCAGCUGCCUGGAGCACUGGCUGUCAUCUUCAAACACCAGCUACUGUGAACUCUGCCACUUCAGGUUUGCAGUGGAGCACAAGCCCAGGCCACUGGUGGAGUGGCUGAGGAACCCAGGCCCCCAACAUGAGAAACGUACGCUGUUUGGAGACAUGGUGUGCUUCUUGUUUAUCACUCCACUGGCAACCAUCUCUGGCUGGUUGUGUCUACGAGGAGCAGUGGACCAUCUGCACUUUAGUAGUAGGCUAGAAGCUGUUGGCCUCAUUGCCCUCACUGUCGCACUCUUCACUAUUUACCUCUUUUGGACCCUAGUAUCGUUUAGGUAUCACUGUAGAUUAUACAACGAAUGGCGCCAGACCAAUCAGCAGGUGAUACUCCUAAUCCCAAAGUCGGCCAGCAACCUCUCCAACCAGCAGUCCCUGCUGGGCUUCCAGCCCCUCAAAAGGAAUUCAAAGGAGACAAUCGUUUGAUUUGGGCUGUUCUACACAGGGGCCAUGCACUAGAAGUAUUUUCCUCGAACUCACUGGGGUCGGGUACUGUCCACAACCUAGGAGCAUGCUAUUCUGAUUUACAGACUCUUUGCAGAGUAAGUCACUGCUUGAAUUCAAACCAUGGAUGCUGCAAUCAUAGGACAGUUACUAAGCUGCCAAAUUUAUUUAUUUAGCAGAUACUGUAUGGAAUUCUGCAAACUCAUGCUAAUACUUGCUUCAUCAAGUGAUGCAAACUUUUUUGUUGUUUAAAAUAUUAAACUAUGAUAACUAACAGUGCGAAAUAGGUUUUAAAAGUACUUUGCUUUCAUCAUUUCCUGUUCCUCUGGUAUUAUUUCUUUAGAUAGCUGAACAGUAAUUGGUGUACUUUCCUAAACACAGCAAUGGCAUUUUCCCAGUUUAUUUUAUUUGAAGGGCCUUUAUACCAAUAUUUUUGGAGUAUUAAAAUGUGUGUAAUAAGUUCUACAAAUCGGCAUAUUAUUUAAAUGCUAUGAAGUGAUUAGAAGAUUAUCUUCUGUUUCCUAUUUGGCAGGGAAGUUCUAAUAGGAAAAUAUUUCAGUAAUAAAUCUAGCGUGUGCAAAAGAAACGACAAAAAUUGGAAUGGUCUUCCUACUCAAAAGUAUUCUAAAGAAAAAAAAUACUGUAUUUUUUCCACUCGGAAGCAACAAAUUAGGCACCAUAUUUGGCAAUGAAGUGCAUAUUCUGCUGGUUUACAUUUACACCAAGCUGAAUUUAACCCUAAUUGUAUUUUUCCCUAACUUAUUUUUCUAAGAGAACUGUGCAUACAUCAUGAAUGAGAUCAUUAGACAUGUUUUAGGAAGCAGGAACUUGUCUUCCAUAAAAAUUAGCAUUAUUUUAAAGCUGCAGAAUUUUCAGUUUGACAGAUAGAUUUAGCAGAGUGUAUGUAAACCCUGGUUUCUCAUUGUAGCACUAAAACUAAGGCACUUUUUAAAAAAUGUAAUAUACAGCCAACUAUGGUGACCAAACUGCAUUUGGUGUUUAAAGACAAGACUUUAUUCCUGGGUGGCAUUAUCUAGUUCCCCUUGGGUUUAUGCCCAAUUCAUUCAGCAAUUCUUUACCCUCAGAAGAGACACAUUUAUGUAGGGAGACUUAUUUUACACAACUAAACAAAAUUUCAUUAACAAAUGCUGCUAGAAUUAGAAAUUGAUACAUGAGAACCUUUGAAUAGAUUUUUUUUUUUUAGAAGUAUGCAUCGAUUGCAAUGCCACCAUCUGGCUUGUUUUCCAAACUUGGCAGGAACUGCAAAUAAAAAGGAACAUACAGUAAGAAAGCUAUUAAUUUAUAACUCCAUAGUUCAAGAUGUUAUGGGUGUCUACCAUCAGACAAGAGCCUAUUUGAUGUUGUGUGUGCUUUGUGGGAGAUAAAGCUUAGUACACAAGACCAAAGCUGUUAGCUUCUUUAUUGGAAGAAUUUACUCUUCUUCUUUGGACCAGUCUAGCUGUAGUCAUGUUAUUUAACAGUACUUUGUCAAUUUCAUGGGGAUAUACGAAUCAACUACCUAUAUAAAGCAAUAACAGCCUCAUUCAGACGUAAGACUAGUUUCACAGCAAGCCAAGAUAGGUAAGAAAAUCAUGAACCUGCAGAUCUGUACUCAUUACUCUCAGCAAUAAGGUCAGAGGUCAGCAGUGAAUACAUGCUUCUCCAAGAGAAAACUAUACAAGAAUCUAAAGAUAUGGGUAUCACAAACUCUGUGAUGGCCUAAAACCUGUAGUACCUUUUUUUUUUAAAAAAAAAAAAACUCCUCCCAAAGGCAACUAACUGUCUGGAUGGAAGACUGCACAUGCACGUAAGCAGAGAGUUCUAGGUUGUAAGGAAACUUGCUAGCCAGGGGUGCAGAAAUCAAAACAGUUUAGCUGGGUCAGGACACUGUCAGCGUCUUAAUGCCUACACCCUUGCUUUAGGUAAGCUUUCUUCAGAAUUCUGCUACUACUUUUACUUCUUUGGGAGGUGCCCCAGAAAGUUGGCCUACAAAGGAAGUGUAAUUCUUAAGUACUAGUCUUGGUUUUGUUUCAUGAAACAAAAAAAUAGGAUACAGAAUUAAGAAGCAACUAGGAAAACAACUAUCAAAUCAAACUGCAAGGUAUAUGCACACAGAUCAGCAUAAUAACUUGGUCUAGCCCACCUGUGUUAUUACAGAUUUCUUUUUUUUUAUUUCAAGACAGUUGAUUUAAUCUGAAGAAGGCAUGUUAUUGUGCUGUGCUUAAACUGUUCAGCCUAGUACCUGUAUGAAGUAGUAAAAGCCAGUCCAGUAAGAAUUAACAUAUGAGAAAAGACAAUGCAGAAACAGUUACACAACAGAAUUUGAAUACAGCUCUAAAGAAUUCAUUUUCCAAAUGUGAAGUUAUGU